AUGGCCCCCUUCCUCCCCCUCCUGACAGAGCAGGUCUCCACUCCAGAAAUUAAAGUGUUAAACAAGACCCAGGAGAACGGGACCUGCAGCUUGAUGCUGUCCUGCACAGUGGAGAAGGGGGACCAUGUGGCUUACAGCUGGAGUGAGGAGGCGGGCACCCACCCACUGAGCCCAGCCAGCAGCUCCCACCUCCUGUACCUCACCCUUGGCGCCCAGCAUGCUGACAAUAUCUACAUCUGCUCCGCAAGCAACCCCAUCAGCAACCGCUCCCAGACCUUCACCCCGUGGUCCAGAUGCAUGCCAGAUCCCACAGAAGCCAAACAAUGGGGACUGUAUGCUGGGCUGUUCUUAGGGGGCAUCGUUGGUGUCAUCAUGAUUCUAGAAGUGGUAAUACUACUGUUGAAAAGAAAAGGUAAAGCAGACCACCAGCCGACAACGGAAGGAAAAAGCUUUACUAUCUAUGCCCAAGUCCAGAAAUCAGGUCCUGUUCAGAAGCAACCAGACCCCCUACCACCUCAGGAUCCCUGCACCACCAUUUAUGUUGCUGCUGAAGAGCCUGUCCCAGAGUCUGUCCAGGAACCAAAUUCCAUCACAGUCUAUGCCAGUGUGACACUUCCAGAGAGCUGACACCACAGAUCCAGUAGAGAGACUUUCUGAAAGAAGAUGGAAGAACCAAAAUAAAUGCUGAACUUGGCCCCAGGCCCCGAGUUCCCUGUGACAGACAGUCUACACAUCUGCACCCUUCUUGGAUCAAAGUGAUGUUUCUUCCAUGUACACCUGUGAAAUGGACAAGGAAGCAAGACUUCCAAGCAUUUAGCCUGCACUGCAGUGGACACAGGCA